AUGCUGGGCCGCUUCCCGCUCAUCCUGGUGCUGCUCAGCGCCACCCUCGGCCUGGCCGCAGCGGCGCUGACAGAAAUCCACAAAGCCGGGUACUGCUCCUUCUACGGUGACUGCGGGCGGAACCCCGAGAUCAACGUGAGCCUGCUGUGGUCACCGGUGCCCUGCCUCUCCAACACACCGGCCCGGCUGCUCAAAGACACCACCCUCAACAAGCUGAAGGAGGUGUGCCCCCAGCUGUACACAGGCGAGAACACCACAUAUGCCUGCUGCUCCUACAACCAGAUGGUGGCCCUGCAGCUCAGCCUGGCCAUCUCCCAGGCUGUCCUGACCCGCUGCCCCUCCUGCUCCGAGAACUUCGCCAACAUCUACUGCCAGAACAUCUGCAGCCCCAACCAGAGCCUCUUUACCAAUGUCACUCGCUUCUUCAACCGAACCACCAUCCUGGGCACGCGCCAGGUGGGCGUGCUGGAGUACCAGUGCUUCUACAACCAGAGCUUCGCUGACCAGUCCUACGACUCCUGCAAGGGCGUCCGGAUCCCUGCCACUGGUGGCUAUGCCAUCACUGCCAUGUGCGGCAAGUACGGUGCCACCCUGUGCACGAGCCAGCGCUGGCUGGACUUCCAGGGGGACAGCAGCAAUGGGCUAGCCCCGCUGGAUAUCGACUUCCAGCUGGUACCCGCCAAUGGUGCUGUUGGGGAGGGCAUUGUGCCACUCAACGGCAAGACUUGGCGCUGCGGCGAGGCCGUCAGUGCUGACGGGGAGCCAUGCUCCUGCCUGGACUGUGCCGAGUCCUGCCCACAGAUCCGCACCCCUACGCCCCAGCCCCCGCCCUUCAAGGUGGGCAGCCUAGAUGGGGUCUUGUUUGUGUGCUGUCUUCUCUUCUGCCUGCUGACCGUGCUCUUCGGGGCCUUCCUGGUGUGGGGCUGCAUCUCCAGAUCCAAGCAGGCCAGCGGCAAGGGGCGGCAGCGCCAGAGGGACCAGAUGACACGCUCGGAGAGGCUCAGCCAGGCCACCCACCGCGUCCUUGGGGAAAUGUUCAGGAGAUGGGGCACCAUGGUGGCUUCCCACCCAGUCUCGGUCAUCUUGAUCUCAGCUGUGGUGGUGAUAGGACUCUCCUGUGGGAUGGUCUUUAUCCAGCUCACCACCGACCCCGUGGAGCUCUGGUCCUCGCCCGACAGCCAGGCCCGGCAGGAGAAGGAUUUCUAUGACCAGAACUUUGGGCACUUCUUCAGGACCAACCAGGUGAUCCUCACAGCCAAGGGCCGCCCCAACUACACCUAUGACUCCCUCCUCCUAGGCAGGAAGAACUUCAGCGGGAUCCUCUCCAUGGCUGUCCUGCUGGACCUGCUGGACCUGCAGACGCGGCUGCAGGAGAUCAAGGUCUGGUCGGAGAAGGACGGCAGGAAUGUGACACUCAAGGACGUCUGCUACGCCCCCCUGAACCCCAGCAACGCCAGCACCAGUGACUGCUGCGUCAACAGCCUGGCGCAGUACUUCCAGAACAACCGCACUCGCCUGGAGAUGACGGCCAGCCAGACACAGGGGGGCCAGAUGGGCAUGGUGGACUGGAAAGACCACUUCCUUUACUGCGUCAA